AUGACGGACGUUUCUUCGAAACUUGUGUGCAAAGUGGACGAGGCUAACCCAUCACCCACUGUUGAAUGGAGAUACAGCGAUGACAAUGAACGGACAUGGUAUCUUGUUACUCCAAACCUUGGGUUUGCCAGAGUGGUUGGAAAUACAUACAUGUGUAUGGACAGACAAUUUACAAGAUGUUCUAUAAAUGUGUGGCAAACAACAGAUUUGGAGAAGAUACAUUUACAUGGAAAGCAUUGAAUGAAACCAGUAGGCCUAUCGGUGAUCAAGUGGGUAAGGCACGAAGAAUUGCAUUUUACUAUGUAGAUUUGUAUAGCUAAUAGCAUGGUUUCGAGUAUACAAUUUGGAUAGAACAUGCAUGAUUGCAGGAGAUUUUCAAAGACUAUCAUAGUAGCACGAAUCCGACACACGAGUGAUAUUUGAAGUCUUUGAAAAUCUCAUAUUUUCUCCAAAGUGCACGAGAGAAAACGUGUGCCAUAUAUUAUUAACUAGAAAAUAAUGCAUGCAGAAACCCCUCGCCUUGUUGACAAAACCAUUGUAUUUUCGGAACAUGAAAUAUUUAAAGUAGUUGUCAUGGUAACACGAUAACUUUGUUAAAAAUAUUUUUACAAAUGAAAAAUCCCUAAAAUACCACUUUUGAUUACAAAAUUAUCAAUUCCCCAAACAUAUAUAUGUUAGGUAUGUUAUUAUACGUUAUAUAAGCUUCAAUUUAAGGUAAAAUGCAACCUCAAAUGCUUCGCAAGAUCUUUAAAAUGUUCUUUAUAAAACUAAACUGCCUUUGGCGUUGAGAUGAUUUCAUUUAAAAUAUACGCAACGAUUAGCUUUUAAAGCAAUUAUAAAGCGAACAAUACAUCAAUAUUUGAAACAAACUUACCUUCGUUAAUUAAUGUCGUCGCCUUUACUCCCUUCUUUUAGCAAUUCUUUGCCCUUAUUUUCUUAAAAAGCUUUUUAAAUUUACAAAAUCUUGCAAAAAUUAAAUAUAUUUGUCAUGCAGUCGUCAUCAAUAUAUUCGUCAUGCAGUCGUUAAAAUGCAAAUUUUAAAUUUUACCAAUCAGUGUUCGCUAUUCAUGACAGUCCGCCAUAUUUUUGAGAUCAGUGAGGAUGACCACCCACCAAAAUACGCACGGUGACCCGCGCCCGCGAUCAUUGACGAACUUUAGACUUCGCUAAUGCUUUCGUUUCCCCCGGUGUAAAUAGCCAGGCGGAACAGCUGGGCAUUCUGUUGUCGCUGUCUAAAUAUUGCGGGCGCAUUUCUUUAACAAACAUUUUGAUUCUUCGAACGCUGAAAAUAUGCAUUGAGGGAGGAUUUUUGUCCUCUUUUACUGGUUUGUUCAUGGAAAAUAAAGUGUUUCUUGAAAGAUUAAGUUGUAGUGCUUGUACGCAACGAUAUAAUGACUUAAUCGCAUGAAAACGUGCGAAGAAUUUUUAUUUACAAAUGGGCGACAAGUGGAAAUGUUUCAUUCAUUGUCAGAGUUUCAGAAGCAGGGUACAGCAGUAUGGAAACAAGGAAGUGUUCAUAUUUUACUCUUGAUAGAAGCUGAGUUGUUGUUGUUUCCACAGGUAUGUUCAAUAAUUUGUUUGUCCUUCCUCAUCUGAAAGAAUAAGUGUCUUAAAAUAUAUAUUUUGAUGAAAUGACACAUUUUCCUCUUGCAAUUUCAUAAAAGCUGGCCGUUGCCUAUAGUUAGAAAAUAUAUUUUAUGAAAGUUAAAUCAUACUUUGUUUUAUUAAAACCUGAGCUAUUCAUGGGGAAAAUGUGCUAGAUGUUGUAAUUGACAAAUCCACUUGUGAAGUGAAAAUGCCAAUGUUGUCACAUGCUUAUGAAAUUGCUCCUGUAUUGGUUUGUUAUAAAGUAAAAAUUGCUGCAAAAAUGCUUUUGAAAUAGUUCAUGUAUUGGUUGUUAUGAGAUAGGAAAUGCCGUAUUGAUUUGUUCAGUUUUAAGAGUCUAACGGCAAUCCUGAAUAUAGGCAUGCUUGCUUUGUGAAAUUCUGUGGUGAUAUGGCAUAUAAAUAAAAAUAUCUUAAAAUUUUGCCCAUUGCCUCUCUCCGAAAUAUGGCUUAAAACUAUCCUUAUUAGUCAACCUUGAUGGAAAAGUUAUUGGGUAUGCUGGGAAAAAUGCACGCGGCACUUUUUUUGGACACUGAAGAUGGUAACAUUUGAUGUUGUCAUAUAUUGCCAUCCUCUUAUCAUAGCAUAACUUAACUUAUUUUAGUGAGUUUGGUAAAGAGUUGUGCUCAUUAUAUGCCUGUAGUAUCUAAGAUUUUUUCAUAGCAUUAUAUGACAAAUUUAAGUUCUGUUUUCUUUUAUUUUUAGGUGAUAGUAUCUGUUCACUUGAGUGUUGGUAUCAAAUUUUGGACAAGUUUCAAUUAUUAUUUCACAUUCCUUUAUUCAAAUAUUCAAAUAUCCAAAUAAAUGGUAUAUGACAUCAAGCUGGAGGACUAGAUUCUGUUUCCAAACUUGUUUUUGUAAAAAUAGAAAAUAACAACUAAUUCUGUGUUGUUCUAAUAAAAACUAUUGUUUUUGAUAUGCAUAUUUAAUUUUUAAAAUUACAGUCAUUCUUUGUUAAAAUGUGUACCAGGAAUACUGCAAUCUUUCAGAUCACCUACCAAUUAUAACUUAUGUAGCCAAGUGUUCUAUCUAUUUCUGUUCAGAUUAAACAAAUGAUGAGUGAAAUAUUAGUUAGAUUCUUUAAAAAAAAUGAACUUGCCUAUUUUCAAAGCAUAAAAAGCAAUAAAAUAAAGCAAAAGUACUUAUUUUUAAUUUAAAACCUUUGGAUUGCAUAGCUUAAUGUUUUCCACGAAAUAUUACAAAGUUUUCGUUCAUUGAAAUGUUGUUUUAUCAGCUUUAAAACCAGAUAAAUCCACGAAGCACUCCUAAUAUAUGUCGCCAUAUUGAUUUUUUCGCGCAUGCUCCGUACAAACUGCCCAGCUGUUGCCAGGCGGAAUUAGUACCCUCGCCCCAGGCUUACGCCAGGAACGCCUGCCGUUGGCUCGGGGAUAAUAUACAUGAAAAAAUUCCACAAUACAUACGCGAUCCGUACGUUUCGGACUCACUUAAGACGUUCAUUCUUAUUAUUAUGAACAAUAUUUUAACACGGCACAAUUUCACCUACUAAAAGUAAUUAUGUACACAUAUAAAAAAAAGGUGAUCUUCCGACCGGCCGUGCUCACACAAGUAGAAAUAAGAAUUAUAUUAUUUACAAGAAGAUUAUUUUAAAUGUUUUGUAAUUUUUGAACUUUAGCUGCUAAUGUUUUCCUUAUGCAACCCCACACUUGAGCACAAUAAUCAAAAUAAGGUUGAAUCAUGGAUUGGUAUAUUGUUAUUAAGGUAUUGAAUUCGACUGUAUCCCGGAGUUGUCUAAGAAUAGCAAGGCCUGAUGUGACCUUUUUUGAAAUGUGUUCGACCUGCGCGGUCCAGUCUAGAACUCGUCUAUAAUUAGGCCCAAUGAUUUUGUCGUUUCAACUCUCUUAAUUUCUAAGUUACCUACACUGAUAGCAGUAUCGGCAGUCACUUGACUAAGCCUUUUCUUGGAACCAAUUAUCAUAUAUUUCGGUUUUGCUAUUGUUCAGAGUUAAUUUGUUUGCGGGCAGCCAAUUUGCAACAUUGUUUAAAUCUCUAUUUAAUGUUUCAGUGAUUACUUUGAUAUCGUCACCUUAUGUUGCAAUUUGGGUAUCAUCCGCAAACAUGUCUGGUUUUGCCCCGGCGUUUAAACAUUUUGGUAAAUCAUUGAUUGAUGUAAAUUAGAAAUAACAAUGGGCCUAAACCAGUAUCCUGAGGUAUGCCUGUUUUGGCGUCUACUGGAACAGUAGUCGCCAUAUGCUGUCGACAAGAGAUUUAGAACGUUAUAUGGUUAUAUACAAUGGACGUUUCACUUCUUGUGCGAACAGGCUCUUUGGUUAAGUUAAAGCCCGCACAUCUACGAAAAUUUCCGAACUGUUUACGAUAAAUGGUUUUAUCAAUGCCGUCAGGUCUUGAGAUUUCCAACGUUAUUAUAAUAAAGAACUCCGUUAUUAUAAUAAGAGUAUUUGCAGUAGAAAUACGACAAUAUCACCAAAAAAUUCCGCUUGAAAGAUACUAUAUUCUCGAACAAUGUAAAAUAGCCAUAAAAUCAAUAUAAACUAGCCACACUCGAACAAUGUAAACCUAUAUACAAUACACUCGAACAAUGUAAACAAUGUAUCACUAAGCCAUACCAUUCGCCGAAUAUAACUUUGGCCCCUUUCAACCUAUCAUUUUCGUAAUCUUGAUUCUUGUUCGAAUCACAAUCCAAGACACUAUUUAGAGUGUUAUUUUCAAAUUUGUAUCUACAGAUUUGCAACUUUUAUUUCGGUAUUUCAGAAUAUAGGGUUAGGUUAGGGUUAGGUUAGGGUUGUGGUUAUAGGGGUUAAGGUUAGUAUUAGGGUUAAGGUUUAGUUUUGCGUUAGGAUGGGUUUUUUUACGUUAUAAAAACGGAAACCUUAUUUUGAAGUAUACUAUCUAGCAAUUACCGUCAUUAUUACCCCUUCAUCACCGACAUGUGAUGUGAUUUGCACGUGCAUCGGGGUUACGGUGUUCACUAUAUUGGACAAAUUUAGCGCGUGGCACGCGCGUGCGAGUAACAACCCGAUAUUCUGAAAAAUUCAUAAUAAAUAUUUCUAGUCCGCCGUAUUCAAACGAAAUUUGAAUACAAGGAGUAUUUCACUCCUAUUGACUUAGUCUGAAGAGUCAGAAGGUAGUUCAUUUUUUUCUCCAUAUCACAUAUGAAGUGCAGAAUGUUUGGCCAAGCGGUGAGUAUAAGAUAAGGAUUGUUUUGGUUUGUGUAAUAUAUGACGGCAUUUGACCCACCGUUCGAAAGGUUGUUUUAUGAAGAUUUCAACGGUGGUUUUCGUUUUAAAGAGCGGGUAAAUACUUGCCGAGAUAUUUUAAUCUUUCCCACUCUAAAGUCGGAAAUAUAAAUAUAAACCGGACGGCAUUGACAUUCUUUGUUUUUGAUCCAGUAGACGCCAUGAACUCUACAGCGGACCUAUUUUUUAUAAUUGAUGGACUUGAUAGUUUACCAUUCACACAACAGUACUGGGUCCUAUUUGAUAGAUGCGACUCCAGCCAGCGAUGUGCCGUUACGUUCCCUAUAUUCCAUAAAUUGCUAUUUUGUCUAAGCAUAUAUUGUGGUCGACAGUAUAUCGAAUGCUUUUUCACUGCAUCCAGAAACACAAUCCCAUUUAGUUUCCCAAUGUCAAUAUUCGUAUACCACUCGUUGGUUAUGUCCAGCAAUGCUGUAAUAGUUGAGUGAAGUGGUCUAAAUCCGUGUUGGGAAUUUGAAAGCAGAUUAUAGUUAUGUAAAUAAUUAUAGAUUUGGUUAUGAAUCAACUUCUCCGCUAUUUUGGCAACUACUGAUAUAGCUUCAGACUUAAAGAUCGGAGUAAUUCUAGCGAUUUUCCAAUUAUUGGGAAAUAUGCCUGUUCAGAUUGACUGGUUGAUUAUUGAUGUUAAGGAUGGUGAAAUAACUGUUUCCGAAAUUUUUAAGAUACGAGAGAAAAUUCCAUCGAUUUCCGAUGCCUUAUUGGGUCCUAAACCAUGAAGUAGUUUGAAAACAUCAUUUUCUGAAAUUUCUUGAAAGCUAGGGAGCCCAUUAACUGGAUGGUGUACAUCAUGAACUGAGAAAACUAUCCGGUAAAAUACUCGAUCGAGGAAUUUUAUUCGCAAGUUUUUCCCCUAAUUCAACAAAGUAUUUAUUAAAGGCAUCACGGAUCAGCGUUUCGUCUAUUACUUCACCAUUAGUUUAUUAGUUGACUUUCUCUUCAUCAAUUCGUUGAGUGUUUUCCAUGUUUGUUUUAAAUUUCCUGAAUUGCAAUGUAGUUUGCCCCGAUAAUACGAGCAUUUUGUAUCUUUUAUUUGCCUAUUGUAUUGGUUUUUGCCUUUCUGUAGACAGACCAGGCAUCAGUUGGUUGUUCUAGCUUUCCUAUGUAGGAAAUUAAUAUAUCGUUUAUUGUGGUCUGUUGUUAGCCAAGAUAGCCGCUUAGUGCCGACUUUCCGUCUUUUUACUGGGGCAUGGUUGUUCCAGAUUCUGAAGAAUUUAUUCUUCCAAAUCUGCCAAGAUAUAUUUGGAUCGUGUUGGUCCAGGUCAAAAUCGGAUAAGUAAUUUUGCAGGUCGCGCAAAAAUAUGUGUUCGUUGAAAUGUUUGUAGUCGCGGUAUUCGAUUAUUUUUGCAUUUUCUUUGCAGACUUUAAAUUUUCUAAUGCCAUAAAUAAGAUAGACUGAUAGUGAUCACAUAUGGAAACAGUUGACACUCCCUUUGAAAUAAUAUUAUCGUGACUUGUUGUAUAAACGUGAUCAAUUAAUGUCCGAGUAUACGUAUCUUUAGUAACUCUUGUAGAUUCACUUAUAAAUUGUUCAUAUUGAUACAGUCCUGUAAUAGAUUUGAGUUCCGAAGCUUGGGGAGAUCAUAGAUAUCUUAUAUACACUAGAUAGUGCAUCUAGUUAUUCUGCAAUUCAAAAAUUGAAGCCGUGAUUGCAGACUCAGGAUAUUCCCAUGAAAUGAGAGAAUAUUCGUAUAUUUUCUAUUUCUUAAACAGGGAACUUAAAAAUUAAGUUAAACCUAUUCCAAAUACAUUUUCAAACUAUUCAAGUGAUGAAAAUAAUGAACGACCAACAUGGCCGCCAUCUAUUCAAAUGGGGGUAACCGCUGGAAUAUUCUUGGCUUCAAUUUUACUAAAAGAGAUGCGCUAUCUAGUGUAUGCAGCUUUUUCAAUUAUGGUUGUCCCCCGAGCAAAGCGAAAAAGUCGAAUACGAGCGCGAAAGGCUGCUGGGAAUCGCUAAUAAAUGAAUGAAUUUAUUAGCGAUUCCCAGCUAGCAGCCUUUCGCGCUCGUAUUCGACUUUUCCGCUUUGCUUGGGGGACAACCUUAAUUGAAAUAGUUGUAUAAGAUAGCCUAUUUAUGGGGGAGAUAGACCUGCGGAUAACAAGUCAUAAUUUACAUCUCCUGAAAUAAUAUUUCUUUUAUUGCCAUUAUCGAUUAGUUGUAAACAGUUUUCAAAUCUAUAAAGGGUGUCAAUUGGAUCAUUUGGUGGUCGAUACCGGUCCACGUUGUAAUUAAGAACGGUUUAACGUUCUGUUUACUAAUUUGUAUUGUAAGAAUUUCAAUAUCAAGAUUAUUCAGGUCAGUUCGAGGUCGAGAAUUUAUUAAAUCUCUAAUGAAAAAAUCGAUACCACCCCCAGAUCUAUUUCUGUUUUUGGAAAUCCAAUUGUAACCUUGAAUGGCUAUUUACUGGGUUGGGACACUAUCGUGCAUUCGUGUUUCAUUAAUUGCAAGAACAUCUAUUUCUUUAUCAUUCAUGCAGAUCCGAAGUUCGUCAACAUGUUUUGGUAGACUUGUUGUGUUCAUUGAAAUUGUUUGACAAUCAUUAAAAAUGUAGAUUUUUUCUUAUAAAUGAUUUUGUUUAUGAAUGUCGCACUUAUUUAAGCCUUGUUGUGAUUGGUAUGAGAAAAAAGGUCGUCAGGUUUAUAUAAAGGUUAGAUUAAGGUUAGCGUUAGAGGUUAUAUAGAGUCGGUACGUGCUGGAUUAGGGUUCAAAUUAAGGCACUAUUGGAUGCCUGAAAUGGUCAUCCUUUCUGGAUAUCGCCCGUAUUCCCCAAUUUAGAAAUCCUCGCUGUUAUACCCAUUGUGAUGUGACAUGGGGGGUGGGUCAUUCCCGAUUGACCAAGAUUGAACUUAUCCUUGAAUUGCAUUCUUAUAAUAGAUAAUUAUUACAAAAGCCUUCUUCUUUUUGUUGUAUAGUAAACAUUUACGCGAGUAAAAAACCAACAACAUCCUACUUGACAGUAGUCAUCGUAAUAUCUUGUGUUGUGGCGGUUCUCGUAUUGUGUUUCGUGGUUAUUAUGUAUAGAAGAAAGAAAGCGCUUGGCGGCUUCUACAUUUGCACGUUACCACCUUACAGAGAUUAUAUUAAGAUUUUGGAUCAAAGUAAAUUCAUCCAUGAACAAACGCAUAAGUUACCAUAUAUAUCGGAAUGGGAGUUUCCAAGAGGAAACAUUGCACUUCGUAAGUAAUUAUUGUAGUAUACAAUCUUGAACAAAACUGUCAAUAAAAUUGCUCGAAAUUUAAGUAAAAUGUAUUCAACUAUAACUACAACAGCUUUUUGCCCCCUUUUCCCCCCACCCUAUAUAUUCACUUGCUACUUUCCCCAUGCCACAUUUUACAUGUAAUUCAACAACAUUUCUGUGUGGAAGGGGGGAUAUUUUAGGUAAGAUACGGGAGUCAAACUGCAAUUUAAGCUUUGAAUUCACAAAGACAAAUGAAAAUUGUCGCAUUAUUUGCAAUGAAAGUGUUCAAAAUCGAAAAUCGUUUUAGCGUACCUCUCUUGUUUUUAAAGCUUUAUUCUCUAGUUUAUACAGUUAGCUACGUUUACGUUGAUAAUAUCUGCCGCCAUGUUGAUUUUUCCUGCCUCCUUUCACCAAGUUGCCCUGCAGUGUAAUUUUAAAAAGAUUGCACUUAGCCACUGAGCAUUGAGUUUCAUUUAUAUUAUGAAUGAAAACGUUUACCUUCUCAACCAAUCAGAACGUUACUUCGUAUUUUUCAACAAUUUAAAAUAAAUGAAUGAUAUUUGAUGAGAAAAUUGAACUGAAAGUUUAUGUAUAAAUAAGCAUCAUUCUGUGUCAGACAUACAAACUCCUUCACGCUGAUGAUUUCUUUUGUGUUUUUUUUCAUGAAUUAUUAAUGUUUUAGAAAAUGAAUUACAAAAUGUUUUAGAAAAUAUAUACGUUUCAACAAAGACUCAGUUCAAUAUUUCAACAUAUUUCAUUGCAUGGAAUACAAGCUGCUGCUAUUUUGUGAAUAUAAUUAUGUGUCUGACGCUUAUUGUUUUUGCCAUUUUAGAAGACGAAUUAGGCUCGGGUGCCUUUGGUGUAGUAUACUUCGCACACGCGUCUGGUAUUGCUAACUUUCUGACACGCAGGAGUACUUUGAAAGAUAACAAAUCUCAGCGGCGCUUUUCAUUUACUCGUUUGAAGAAACGCAAUUUCUCAUUGAGCACCAAUUAUUGUGAUGUUGUCAAUACUGCGGUUAAAACUCUCAAAGGUAACCAAAACUUACGUUAUUGUAUACACAGUACACUUAAUGUCUGCUCCAGAGGGAAAUAGUUAGAUUUUUUUUCCGCCAAAGUCUCUCGAGACGAAGUCGAGGGAAACCUUGAGAUUCGAGGGGAAACAAAACUAACUAUUUCCUGAGGGAACAGACAUUAGGUGUUUUGUUAUGUAGCGACGAAAGAAAAAUCAACAACAUUCAUACAACAAUUGCAUUUCAUGACAAAAACUCAAUAGUGUAAACGAAUUUAAAAUUAAAGAAUUCGAAGCAUAUCCUGUUGCCUGUUGUGUGUUUUUCCUCUCUUUUACAUUCUUUAUUUUAACACAAACUUGAAAAACGAGGUUUACACUGUAUAAACUAUACACAUGCGAGUUGUGCCGCCAUUCUGUUUAUUUAUGUUACGUAGCUUUGUGGUCGGGGCGGGCAACAAUUUUUCACCUGUUUCCCGGCGAGAAUUGCAUUUAUCUGAAGCCACGUGGCCACAAAUUAGUCAUUACCAAUCAUGCACCUAGCCAUAUAACAACACGCGGAUUAUUACGCGCGAACGUCGAGAAUCACAAUGUAUCAAUAUUUCUGUUCCAGCACCAAAUCAUUCACGAUUUCGAUAUAAAAGUGGUGCAAUUGACAACAUUUUUACUCUAGUAUUCAUAUAAAUAUUUCUAGAGUAUUAAUUUUUUUUUAUAUUAAUGUAUUAUGAUAUGUUAUAGUUGACUACAGCGAGAAUGACCUGUUGGAUAUUAUAUCUGAAUUAAAAAUUCUUAUUCACGUUGGUGAACACGAAAAUGUAUUGAGGAUUCUUGGUGCUUGUACUAAAGGUAAAAGUAACAAAAAUCGAAAACAAAUAUUAUAUUCUCUACAUUCAAUGGUGGAUGUAUAACAUCACGUUGGAUUUACCUCUUAAUCUAUAGGAAUGAUAUAAGUAUAUGAAAAUUUAUAUUAUGCUUAAUACCCAUAGAUAUCUUAUAUACACUAGAUAGUGCAUCUAAUUAUUCUGCAAUUCAAAAAUUGAAGCCGUGAUUGCAGGCUCAGGAUAUUCCCAUGAAAUGAGAAGACUCGUAUGUUUUCUAUUUCUUAAACAGGGAACUUGAACAUUAAGUUAAACCUAUUCCAAAUACAUUUUCAAACUGUUCAAAUGAUGAAAGUUAUUGUUGUUUUUUAAGCGUUUAUUAGCGAGUGGGAAACUUCAACAUGGCCGCCAUCUAUUCAAAUGGGGUUAACCGCUGGAAUAUUCUUGGCUACAAUUUUACUUAAAGAGAUGCGCUAUCUAGUGUAUAUAAGAUAUCUAUGCAUGUUAAUACCUUCAAAAUACAAAACAAACACCCCACCAAUACGCACCCAGAAUUCGUUUUUGUUCUUCAUUGUAAGGUAGUUAGUUCCAUCCAUAUCACUAUAAACGCUGCAACCUGCUGCGUGUCAGACAUCUUUUCGCUUGCUAAUCUCGUUUUAAGCAAAUGCAUGCAUAGCCCGCUCGGAUAACAUUUACCAUCCAACACUCCAGUUUAUGGUGUCUUCAUCUAGAUACUAGGCUGAAUGUCCAGCUUUGCAUUCAUUUACUUAAAACUAGAUUAGCAAGCGCGAAAACAUGUCUGAUAUUAAACCUGGUUGCCAUAAAAGAAUCACCUUUCUUGCCACACAAGCCAGUUAUUUAUUUCGACACCAGGCAGUUGCGAAUUAGGAGUGUUACUGCAAGUGAUAUUGCUUGCAAAUUGCAUACUCCAAUCCCAGUCCCUGAAUCAGGAUUGAAAAAAAAAUAAUGGUGCAUGAUCGGAAUGACCAAGGUUCAGUCCAAUGAUCUAUAUAUGUGCUCACAAUCUACAAUUAGUUUUGACGACCGCAUUGGUCGAGUCAUACGCUGAUAUAUAAUUUGGAACCAAAAUUGCCUCACAUAAUUUGCAUGCAUUUGACAUUAAUUCGUGUCACACCCUAACUAAACAUCAGUAUUUGUUUUUAGUGACAAACAAUGAAGCACCUCUCAUAAUUUUGGAAUAUUGUCCUCAUGGGAAUCUGAGAGAGUUCCUUAGGACAAGGCGAGAUGUUUAUGAACCUGAAUGGAAAGAUGUGGAUAAUGUUCGACUCAGUAUUACAGAUCUGGCUGAUUUUUCUUUACAUAUUUCCAAGGGAAUGGAAUUCUUAAUCUCGAGGAAGGUAUAUAUGAUAUAUACUACUCAUGACUGAUAUGAUAUUUAUUGCUCUCUACAUAUAUUUUUAUACAUAUAAGAACGUCAUGAAGGGGGAUCUAUAGAUUCCAUUUUCCAGACAACAUUUUUUCUAAAUCCCAUGCUAUUUUUCCCAGAUCCUGUGUUUUUCCCCCUUUUAGUGCAUUCAUCGUGAUUUGGCGGCACGUAAUGUAUUAAUAGGUGAUGGAUAUGUCGCUAAGAUUUCUGAUUUUGGUUUGGCACGAGAUGUUUAUGAUAGCCUAGAAUAUGUGAAAGUUACGCCGGUGAGUAAAAAGGGACACUUGGAGACUGCGCACCUCCAUCAACGAAUACAAUUAUAUAUAAUGCAUAUAUAUUAUACUAGAAAUCUAGAAUUAAUAAAACUCAUUAAUAAUUCAUCAGGAAAAUACAAAAGAAAUGAAUGUUUAAUCAAUGUUUGUAAAUCGGAUAAAGAUUUGUCCUGAUUUACAUAAACUUCACCUUUGAUUUUCUCGGCUUCGACAAUGUUUAUUUUUAAAAUUACUUCGCCAAUGAACUCAUAAGAUGCGUUGUUUUUUUCGGGGUUUUCGCAUCCGAUUUUUAUCUGAUAUACAAACUCUUCCCUUCGGCUCGAGUUUGUAUAUCAGAUAAAGAUCGGCUGCUCAUACUUGUAAAUGCACACUAUUAAAUAAUAGAAAUGCUAAGCCCAAUAAUGUACCAUGUGUAAUAGAAACGCUAAGCCCAAUACUGUACGAAUACUCAGUACCAGCAAUAGCAGUUCAGUAUCGGAAAGAAGCUGUUUUGAUCUACUGAUCCACUUCCAGUGCUGUAUGUAAAAGUUACUUAUUUUUGGAAAUAGCUACAGUUACAGUUAUAUGUUCGUAAAAGGAACAAGUUACCGGUACAAGUUGCACGUAAAAAUGUAACUAGUUACCGCGGAAGAUGGCAGAUGCAUGGUUGUUCGUGACAAAAUAUUUAGUGUGGUGUCGUAUGUAAUCGUGUCUGGGGGUAUUCUCUCAGAACAUUUUGGUAUUUUCCCGUCCCUAUAGAACACCUGAAACAGAUUUUUGGAUAUAUUAUACAGCGUUUGAAUUAUACUGUAGAUACACUGAAUCUUCAGUUAAGUACAUGUAAGUUAUGUAAAUACGUCAGAUUCACAAAGCAAAUUUCAGUUACUGGAAUAUGAAACCUGUCUUCUAAAUUCCAUUCAUUGAGGGACGCUGGGGGUGCUUUGGUGCUCAUGCGCGUGCAGGUAAUUUAUGUUCGUUAGAAAUUAUGUUAUCAAUAAAUUGGCCAAAUAUUGAAAGAAAGAAAUGUGGGAGACAAUUGCAGAGGACAAUGCGCAUGUUCAAAUACCAAAUGUCAGUCAGACUAAUUCCAGUGGCUAUAUAGAGACAACAUUUUCUCGAAUCUUGGGGGGAAAUUGGACUGGACGCAUACUUUUGGCAUCCGCUGUGUGUCAGUUGAACGCAAUACAAUUUAAUUCAACUUUUAUUACAGGGUUUACUUCCAAUUAAGUGGAUGGCUAUUGAAGCGAUAGAAGAUCGUAUCUUUAACGAAAAGACGGAUGUGUAAGUUUAUGAAAAUCACUUUUAGUGUACUAGAUGUUUCCAAUUUUUAGAAUCAAUGACCCGCAUUCGGCAAAUUUAAGUCUGGCAGCAGGUAGACCGUUUCUUGUGCAUGGGUAACGUAAUAGCAUUAUAGUUAAUUAUUUGUUUGUUGUUUAUUAACUUUAUUUACAUUAAGUUGUAGACCAAUAGACCACUUUCAUGAUACAAAUGAGUUUAAAUAUUAUUUUACGCAUGCCUUCUUAGCGUCGUUCAGGUUCAAAAAUUCUAUUCAAUGUAAUGUUGGCCACAAAAACGAGGCAGGCCGAGAAGGCUUAUUUAAACCACGCAACUGUAAUAUUACCCACUAUAGUUUGUAAUCUCUAUUUACACCCGGGGAAAGGAACGCACUAGCGAAGUCUAAAGUUCAUCAAAUAUCGUGGGCGCAUGGCAAUGAUCCAAGGGUGGACCUCCUCACCUGUCCUCACUGAUCUCUCCAAUAUAUGUUGUUUGCCAGGAGUGGGAUAAGCACACUGAGGAUAUUUCAUAUAUAUAUAUAUAAGAUUUCAAUUUUCUAAAGCUUAUAUUUGGAAAAUCACGUUUCACACAAUGAGCCUUGAAGCAAAUUUUGUUUGGAAAAAAUGAGAAGAACUGAUUUACUAUGGAAAAUCGUGAAAUAUAGGGCAAGUUUGCUUUGAAUGUUUAAUGUUUAUGAAUUUUGUUGCUUAAAACAUACAGUGCUGUUUUCCUUUUCAAUGAAGCUGUAAGUUUCCUAAAUUACCCUGUUUAAUUUAAUUUAAGAAAAAAAGGUAAAUGUAAAGGAGAGCAAAUUAAUUUGAAGACGUAACUGAAGUUACUUAAGGCCACUCAACAAUUUGAAGUAAAAACAGUUUAUCGGCAAAAGCAGUUUAGCUAUUAAAAUUAACAUUUCAAAGCAUUUUACGAAGCGAUUCAGGUUAGAUUUUACAUUAAAUCAAAGCUCGCAAAAUCCAGAACAACAUACCUACAGUACACAUUUCGGAAAUGCAUUGUUAUAUAGUUAAAAGCAAUAAUCUUUCGCCUCAGCCUGCGUUCAGUGCUGAUCAAUUACUAAUACUUCAUGUUAAAUCAAUGUUUGGAAAAUAUAUGGGCGAGGGGUUGCUGCUUGCAUGUAUUUCUCAACAUGAGCUCCACCUUUGAAUUUACUAUAUGAGUAAAUUCUUAAACACGCCCGAAUUUAUCAUUAUGAUAAAUUCGCGGCACAUUUUGAAUUUAUCAAUAGAGUUAAUCAUAAAACCACAAGCAUUAGACAAGACUUCUUGCUAUAAAAUGUAAUGGCACUAAAUCUUCAAGAUUUUCAAAAAAAUAGUUUUUAAAAAAGCUUUAAAAAAAGUUUUAAAAGAGUUUUAAAAAGUAAAAAAAGUUUAAAAAGUUAAACGACUUUUAAAAAAGUUAAAAAAAAACUUUAAAAAGUUAAAAAAGUUAGGGUUAGUGGUUAGGGUUGGAGUUGGGCCGGUAGGGUUAGUGUUAGGUGCCGCGAAUUUAUUAUUAUGAUAAAUUCAAAUUGUGCCGCGAAUUUAUCAGAAUGAUAAAUUUGGACGUGUUUAAGAAUUUACUCAUAUAGUAAAUUCAAAGGUGGAGCUCAUGCUGGUAUCAUAAAUUUAAUUAUCCAUCUCCCUUCAUUUUAAUUGGAAAACUAUCGACUCAUUGCCUUCAUUAAUGUUUCUGUUUUUAGGUGGUCUUAUGGCAUUGUCUUGUGGGAAAUGUUUACUUUGGGUGAGUAAGUAAGUAAUCAGGGCUGCAAAAUUAGCGCUGAAAAAGGAAUUAAUUCCAAUUACAAUUACUUGCUUUAAAAUGUAAUAAAUUCCUGAUUACAAUUACUUGUUCUAAAAUGUAAUGAAGUACAAUAAAAAAAUUACUCCGGAAAAAAGAAAUUAAUUACAAAUUUCCGCUUUACCGGCAAAUUGUUACUAUAUAUAUUAUAAGACAAUAUCUUAAACAGUAGUUGUAAAUAAAAACGGUAUAUAUAAACUAUGAAAUUUGCAAGAAUUUAUCAAGAUGAUAUUUCAAUAUAUUAAAACAUUUGACAUGCAAAUCGAAGCAUGUAAACUUAAAACUUUAUUUGCCAAUAUUUGGCGCUCUGAGCCUCGGAACAAAUUGUGGUUUCCACUUUCGCAAUAAAUAGUACUACACUACAAUAGUACUACUAUUUAUGUCAUGUGAUCUCGUUGAAAAUUAGUUCAGCCAUUUUUCUGAAUUUUUGUCGUAACGUUGUAUUUUCAAUUUGCUUCUUGGAAAAGGAACACGUUCCUUGCUUUUCUAAUUAAUUACGUUUUUCGUUACAUUUCUAAAAACGUAAUUAAUUACAGGUUAAAAUUACUUCAAAUGUAACGAGUACACAUGCAGUAACGUGUUACAAUUAUAACGAGUAUUUACAGCCCUGGAUGAGUUACUACAUAUGGAUAGUGUGAUCUGAGUGUUUUAGUUUUUGACCAGUGAAUGAAUCGAAAUUUUCGACUUUGUUUAUAUGCUUGGUUAAAAUUAUAGAAUAUGACCUGCCUUGGCGUACGCUGUAAAGAGUAUAAAUUGGUCUUCCACCAAAUAAUGUGCGUGAAUAAUCAAGGGCUUAUUGGAAUAUGUAGUUUUCGCCUGACGUCACCAUCUCUUGUUGUUUGAAUGCCAAAAAAUUGGUUGCAAAUCACCUAGUAUUCGAUAUACCAUUCUCUUCCGUCAAAAGAUUGGUUCGUUAUUUUUAAUAGUCGGAAAAACCGCUUCGCUAUAUAAAGUCCUUUCCUAUAACUUUAGCAGUUUCUGAUGCAAAUUUUUUAUUCAUUUUUGAUGAUGCAAAGACGUUGGUAUGAUUCGUAAAGACGGUGAUACUUAUUAUAUCAAAAUACUUUUUGUUCCUAUAUACAUGCGCUAAUUCGCUUAAGGUUGUCCAGAGAAAACUCCACAACCUCGACCUCUAAGCGCGAAAAGCAUUAUUAUAUAUUUGGACUAUCAAUUAUAUAUACUGUAUACAUCUCCAUCGUGCUUUAUGCGCGUAGAGGUCGAGGUUUCGCGGUUUUGAGUUUUGACUUUGAAAGGAUAACCUUAAUUGAAUUAGGUGUACAGUAGUAUACAAGCUUCCUGGUAUAUGCACGCUUAUUUUAGAGUAAUCAUUGCGAGAACAUUCAUAAGCAUGCAUGUAUUUGCAUACCAGUGAGCUCUAUAUAUCUGGAGCAAGAACUUGAGUCAUUCGAUCUAUGAGAAAAGUGAAGGCAAAAUGGCGGAAUUGACGUCCAAUAGCUAUGAAGGUCGUGAAAACCUUUUUCUCAGUUAAUUCCAGUUUUUUUCUAACGGACCAUAUCACUGAACAAGUCUUCAGUUCAUAAAACCAAAGUGUUAUUUAAAUCGAUGUCAAAAUACGAAAUUUCCGCAAACUCUUUGCCCGCUUCGUGUUAACCGCGCAGACAAAAAAUAAUAGAAAGAGACUGGAACUGAAGUCCAUCCAAUAGCUCUUCAAUUUCCAUCUUGGCUUCACGUUUUGGACUAGUCAGGUUCUCGCUCCAGAUAUGCAUAGUCAUAGAGCUCACUGAUGAAUAUACAUAUUUAAAUUAAAUUAACUAUGGUUAUACAGUGAGUUAAUAAACCCUGCAUCAUCGAUAGACAUAUUACCCCACUUGACUCAAUUGGUACAAUGUCACGCCAGCUCGCAGAAUAAUAAUGUUCAAAAUUAAUGUUAUAAAUUCAUGUAUUCCUUCACAAUUGCCUAAUAUUGUUCGAUAACCAAAAUAUUCAUGUAUUCUGGCAGAUUUCUAAUAAUUUUUUUUUCAAUAGGUGGAACACCUUAUCCAGAUCUUGAUCCAUCGUUAGUUGUCCAUAUUUUGCAGAACGGAAAAAGAAUGAAUCCUCCAAUGCACUGUCCUCAGGAAAUGUAAUAAGCAAUGUCAACUUUCAUAUAUAAAUACAAUAUAUAAAUCAAUCAGAGCCACUAUAUUGAUCAUUUUCUGGUUUAUCAAGAGGCAAAUAGUGUCUCCAAGAAAGUGCAUGUGCAGACAUGAAACGUUACUACAGAAAAUUGUUUGUAACUAUAAACGGUCCAUUUUCAUUUGCAUGCUGUUUAAAUGCAAGAGUCUACAGUGUCUUUGAAAUUUGAUUGGAUGCAAAGCUCAUAAUUAUUGAUAAAUUUCACAUAAUAAUAAAUAAAUUUAUAUUUUACAUGCAAUAGAUCAGAUGUUAUGCUAAGCUGUUGGUCUAAAGAUCCGCUGAAAAGGCCAUCGUUUUCUGACAUCGUUUGCCAACUGCAAAAACUUUGUGAAUUUCCGAUUCAGCCAAACACUGCCCAAGAGGUUGGUAUUAUAUAUAUGUAUAUAUAUUGAAAUAUACUAUUGUUUGAAUUGCAACUAUUUGAAAAAAUAUAGUGAGAAUUUCGACGUUUCGGGCGAAGGCCCUUCGUCUGAAGUAAGUAGCGGUGGCCGAGAAAAUUACAUGAGCUUUUAUACUAACAAUAUAAAUUAACGCAACACGUGACAGGCCAGAAAAGACGGACAGAAUUAAACCUAGGAAAAAGUUCAUUAAUGCCAUUGGGUGGACAGUGCCAAGUUUGGAAACGAGGCGCAUUCCAUGUCUUUUGCGGCCAUGCAGUGGCGUAAAGCAACUCCACAGGCUCCCCGUAACAUUUUUAAGUGGGGGCCCUGCCCUUUUUUCCCAAAAAUGGAGGGGAGAAAAAUUUUUCGAACCACAUUCGUUGAAAAAAGAGGUUCAAGAAAUUUAAAAAAAAUAGUUACAAAAAUUUUUCUCCAUCAAUGUCUACUAAAAAAGGGGUCUAAAUUUCGCCAAUUCCUGCUUUUGGGGGCCCACUUUGCAAAUUUUCGGCCCCUCUAUAACUGAGGCUCGGGACAAUUUGCCCAAUGUACUGGCAAAAAUGUUAUGACCGGUUACGCCACUGUUUGCGGCUAUCGUUGCUUCCAGAAAUGGGAUAGAGGGAUCCAAUUUCUAUAUCAGAAAUACUGUGAUUGCCAGUAUUAAAAUGUCUAGUUAGCAUCAUUGCCAAUGACUGCAUCCCGAUGCUCCCCAAACCUUGUCCUCAAAGAUCUUCGUGUUUUCCAACUAUAAAGCAUGCCACAUCUACUGCAUGAGAUGCAGUAGAUGAAAUGGGAGGACGGUGCAUGACAUGAAAUGGUGCUUGACAUGGUAUAGAGAUGUUGGUACCGAAAUGGUGGUGACAGAAUCUAUAAAAUCACAAGUUAUGCAUUUGGCAACCCGGCUGGAAAACGUGCCAUUCGGCGACGACGAAUCCUGUGAUAAGGAGCUAUGGACUAGGGUUUCACGGAUAAUUUUGCUGUGUCGAAAAGUGAAUAAGGGGUUAUUGGAGAAAAUGAAAAAUGUUUCAUGGUCGUUUUUCAUCAAAAUAUGGAAAUUCUUCCCAAUGCCAUCUCUAACUUUGAAACUAAAAGGAUGAUAAGUUUAUACUAGGAGGGAUUUGGUGUUACCCCCUCCCCAUCUCAUCUACAUCAUGUUAUGAAGUAGAUGGCAUGCAUUAUUGGGGAAACUGGAUGAUGAAACUCAUUAGCGAUGCCGGUUUAAAGUCUGAGGUACUUAGUAAACAAUUUGCUAGUGUUUUCACGACAGAAAAUGUCGAGAAUAUACCAACUCCAGGAAGUAACUUCACGCCUGCCAUUGGUAAUAUUGUGAUCACGGUGAAAGGAGUCGAGAAACAACUAGCAUCCUUAGAUGCAAAAAAAGCAAGUGGACCGGAUGGAAUUCCACCAUGGUUUCUAAAAGAAAAUGCAAGUCAAAUAGCACCGAUUCUGACAGAUAUCUACCAGGAAUCAGUUAGUAGCGGUAGCUUACCUGGCAAAUGGAAAGAAGCCAAUGUAUGUGCGGUAUUUAAAAAAGGGAAAAAGUGUGACCCGGGAAACUAUCGGCCGAUAUCUUUAACCUGCAUCGCUAGUAAGGUUUUAGAACACAUUGUGCAUAGCCACUUAAUGAAGCAUCUCGAAAGGCAUAGCAUUCUCAUUGAUAAUCAGCACGGCUUCCGGGCUAAACGAUCCACAGAAACUCAACUGAUAUGCACUACUCAUGAUAUUACUAAUGCUAUUCAACAAAACAAACAAGUAAAUUUGGCUAUUUUAGACUUCUCAAAAGCUUUUGAUAAAGUCCCUCAUCAGAGAUUAUUGACGAAGUUGGAGUACUAUGGGAUCCGGGGUCCACUCCAAGAAUGGUUUAAGUCGUUUCUUAUAGAUCGAAGUCAAGUUGUGGUAUGUGAUGGCGCGACAUCAACUCCUAUUACAGUUACUUCUGGCGUACCGCAGGGCACAGUUCUUGGUCCUGUUUUGUUUCUACUGUAUAUAAACGACUUGGCUGAAGAAUUGAAAUCUACUGUAAGACUGUUUGCCGAUGAUGCCCUGCUGUACUGUUUUAUUGAAAGUGAUGUAGAUGCAGAUUCUCUCCAGGCUGAUUUGUGUAAAUUAGAGGAGUGGCAAGACCGCUGGCAAAUGGAGUUUAAUUCGACCAAGUGUAAAGUGAUGUGCAUUACAACUAAAAAGAAUAUCAUAAAGAAACAGUAUAUGUUCUGUGGCCAAAUACUGGAAGAAGUCGAAAACCAUCCAUAUCUCGGGGUGAUGUUUGAUAAUAAAAUGAAAUGGUCAUCUCAUAUAUCUAACACCACUCGGAAGGCAAAUGUCAUAUUACAUGUUAUCAAGCGGAACCUAUGGAAUUGUCCAAGAGAUGUCAAGGAAGUUGCUUAUAAAAGUCUUGUAAGACCAACGCUUGAAUAUGCGUCUACAGCAUGGGACCCUUACUAUAAGAAAGAUGUUGCUGCUGUUGAAAGAGUUCAGAGAUCAGCGGCACGAUUCU